AUGAAUCUUAUGCCAACAAUGGAGAUCACGGGAGAUUCUUUUCAUUUUAAACGUAAAUACACAUCAGUUACCAAGAGACGACCCAGGACGACAUUGACAGGCAUAUCAAAGAGACAAAAUAUAAAAAAAGAGAGCCAGUUGAAUAAAAGAGCCAUACAAGACGAACUAGGAAUAGAAGCAAUAAGAUAUAGUCAACCAGUACUAGAGGGUUAUGUGCUAUACAUAGACAAGUCUUUAUCUAAUAGAAAGGCCCUGGCUCAAAUAGCAAUAGCAAUGAGGGCGCAAGUCAAGGAUACGAUGGAUAAGAAAAGCGUAACGCACUUGAUUCACGGACCAAAGACAGGAAAUACAAAUUCCAAGGUGAUUCAUGACGCCUUGAAACAUGGCAUACAUAGAGUGUCACCUUUAUGGCUGACAACAUGUUAUAAAGAACAACAAUAUGUGUCAACUGAGUUAUACCCUUAUGAUGUCGAUCCAAGAAAAGAACGAUUAAAGCCUGAAGAAAGUGGCGAUGUAGAAGAUCCAUUUAAUGUUAAAGAAAAGAUACCUGAUUAUGAAGAAGAAGAAAAGGAAGAAGGAAGAAAUGAUCAUCAGAUGAGAAUUGAUAAUUAUUUCUUUGUUAAAGAUAGUAAUAAUAACGUAUCUCAGCAGCAACAACAACAACAAGAAAAAGAAGAAGAGAAAGAAGAACAAAAGGAAAUGAAUGAAGCUGAAAGAAAGGAAUACGAAGAAAGAGCAAAGAUGAUUAGAGAAAUAGUAGAAGCAAGGAGAGCUAAAAUAGAAGCAAAUAAUAAAAAAUCAAGACAAAGUCCAAGACAACAAUCUCAAAAGAAGAGUACAAAAAGGACUCAACUGUUCCCACCUACUUCCGAAUACUUUUCAUAUGAAGGAUUAAAGAUUUGGUAUGGUGAACAACCGCUGGAACCAUAA